UGUAGCAGUUGUGUAUUUAGGAAAUUAUUUUGUGAUUCCACUUGCCAUGACCAUAUUUGGGGUUUCCUGCCGCCAUGCUGACUUGGGGGGUUGGCGCACUUUGCUGCUUACCAGUCUGCAUGAGAUGACACAGCGCGUCGUGCAUUGCUGCCGCACGCUGGCUUAUGUGCUGCAGGAGUCCUAAUAUUUCCAUUUGUGUUAUACAGAAUAAACGAGGAUCUGCUGAAUUUUCGUAGUCUGUCUUUCGUUUAAACACAACGCAGAAAACACCGCUACAACUGGUGCCGUGAUCGUCGCUUCACUCUUCGUGGGAUCGGACAUUACACGCGAGUGGAGAAGCUGCUGGGGUGUUAGGCCAAUGAGUGCACCGCUGCAAUGUGACUGAGUGGAUGAAAGGUUCGCCAUUUGACAAUAUAAACUUUGAACUGGAUACCUGAUUCGUGAAAUCUUCUUAAGUAUUUAGUGGACUGAAAUAUAUAUUUUUUUGUAUUGAAUUCAUUCUUUAAAGGACUUUAAAUACUACCUUGGGUUAAUUUAGAGUGUUGAUCGCUGGAAUUCUGAAUUAUAUUGUUGAUUUAAAUUCUAUAGAUUAUUUUUUUUAUUUACUUAUUUUUGUUAUUGCAAAAGAAAAGAGAAAAAAAAAAGUCAGUUACAAGAAGCAUUGUGAUUUGAAUAGUUGAUUCAGAUAUGGAUGGAUUUAAUAGUCAGAAUGGUAUGGGAAGGGGGCGAGGAGUACUGAGGUUUGUGCAUGCACAUCAGAUUGGUGGGGCUGAUAAAAUAGGUCCACUUUUCUCAACCCCUAUUCACACAAGAAGUGUUGAUGUGCAGACACCUAUUGUGUCACAGUCUUCUGCCAUCUCGGAUGAUUCUGUGCAAUUAUCUGAUUUGAAUGCUGUGCCGCUGAAUCUGAUUAAUGACAUAGUGAAACAGAUAGGCAGCAGCAUUGGCCAGAAUAUUGUCACCUGUCUUGAAUCUGGGGUUUUUGGCCAAAACAAACAAAGUGAUUCAACUUUUAAUAUGAGUGAAUUGUCAAAAGUUAGCUUGGUUGUUAAGCAUGAUGUUAAUGAGCCUGUAUGUUUCAGAGGUAAUGGGGAGGAGAAAAUUUCUGUUGAUGAGUGGGUGGAAAGUGUAAAAGUGUACUUGAGGAAGCGUGAAGUGCCCUUAAAAGACCAAGCUGACGAAGUACUGACUAAGUUGCAGGGCAGAGCACGUGAUGUGGUGAAGGUUGGACUGAGAAGUAACCCAUUGAUCGACCUCAGUAAGGGUCCAAAGCCAGUUUUUGACCUGCUCAAACAACAUUGUGGUGAAACUGUGUGUUCGUGCAUGCCGUUGGCAGAUUUUUAUGCCACAUUGCCUUUGCAAAACGAGAAGCCAUUCGACUAUUGGAUUCGGCUGCACAAUGCUAUUGACGUUGCCGUGGAAGGACUGAAGAGACAGGGGAAAACUCUAGAUGACCCCUUUCGUGAAGUUACUGUAAUGUUCAUCAGGAACUGUCCGGAUCCAGAGCUGUCUCUUAUAUUCAAAUGUAAGCCACUGCACGAAUGGGCUGCGGCUGAUGUGCAGGUUAGACUGGAUGAGUAUCAAAGGGAGAAUAAGCUUCAACAACGCAAGUCUAACACAUGUGAGUGGCAUUGCAUGCCAUGCUCAGUCAACUGA